CCCACUUGUUGGGGUCUCUGUAACAUCCUCUUCGCUCCUCUUCGCUCCUCUUCACUUCUCUUCCUCUCGUUUCCUUACAUCUUCUCCUUGGUCUUGCUCUGGGAAAGUAGACCUCUGCAGGUCUCUGGUCUCUGUGACCCGGUUCUUGUGUCCUGGUUUCAGGGCCUCCAGGACUCGGUCCAGCAGGCAGUCCAGCAGCCGGACAAAGUGGGCUGGAUCAGGAAGUUCUGCGGUCGAGGGAUCUUCAGGGACCUGUGGAGGAACCGCUUCGUGGUCCUGAGAGGAGACCACCUGUACCUAUCUGACAAGGAGGUGAAGGAUGAGCGGCGGGCCCAGGAGGUCCUUCACCUGGCGGACUGCGAGCGCUCAGAGGAGCUCCGGAGGGCCAAGAGCCGGAGCAAGAAGAACCACAGCCGCUUCACCCUGCUGCGGGGCCCCGUUCCUAAUCUUGUGUUUCUGGCGGUGAGUCCGGAGGAAAAGGAAUCGUGGGUCAACGCCCUCAACGCGGCGAUCGUAAAAGCCAAGAACCGAGUUUUAGACGAGGUGACCAUCGAGGAGGACGGAGCGCUGCUCCAUCCCACCAGACACCGGGCCAGGGUUCCUUAUGGCCGCCGACUGCCGAGCAGAGGACACCUCCUGGCCGUGGCCUCCAGCUCCUCUCACGGCACGCUGAUCCUCGACCUCGUGGCGGAGGCGGACGGCUUCCUCCCGGACUACGAUGGCGACUCCCAGGAGUCAUGGGAGAACUUCCACCACGUCAUGCAGCGGGGAGGUUCCUGUGGAAGGCCGGCCGUCGUGGGAUCCCGGGGGGUCGGAGUCCGUCGGCGAGCCGGCACCGACGUGUCCAAGCUGCGGGUCGGCCCCAAGGAGCCUAAGACCAGCAGCCUGCCCCGGGGGGGCGAGCUGUCCUGGGGACAGCAGUCCUACCUGGAGGCCUCCAAGGUCCACAAGACCCAACAAGCGCAGGCCCUGAACGCACCGUCUCAAACGCCUCAGCCGGGGAGGAGGUUCAGCACACAGGGCCGAAGUCGCUGCUCCUCCAGACCGGCGAUGAUUCGCUCCGAGUUGCGCUCGGCUCUUCGGUGUCCGCCUGCAGAAGAGGCAGGGGGCGGGGCCUGGCUGCAGCCGGCGGGUCAGCUGCAGAGUCUCAUCGCUCAGAGGAUGCAGAGGGCUCAGGUGCUGCUUCAUGCACAAGUUCCUGGAGCCUUGCCCGUUGUCUUCUACUCACCUGACUGUAACCCAGAGUCUGUCUUCCAGGAGCUGCAGAAGGCCAAAGCAGAGAGGGAGCCAGGAGGCUCCACUUACCUGAAGGGCGUCGACUCCCCCCGCCUCCACCGCCUCAGGGGCUCAGGCUCGCCUCACUCCAGCAGGUCCUCUGGGUCUCCGAGGAGCAGGAGCAGCGACUCUCCUCGCCUCCGGGGGAAAGACUCCCCCCGUCUGAGAGGAAGAGAAUCUCCUCGGUCCAAAGCCAGGAGGACUCGCUCCAGAGGGUCCCAGUCGUCCGCCACUCAAGCCGACGACUCCCCUCAGCCGGCCGACGCUCUGCCGCCACCAGAGCCCGGCAGAGCCUCCGGCUCCUCUCGGCGCCGCCAGGAGGAGGAGUCCCGCGCCCAGACGGCCGCUGCACCGCCUCCGAGCACCGGGGGCUCCGCCUCCUCUCGGGUUCAGGGACUCAGGAAGCGAGGCGGGCUCUCCUCGCCGGGAGGACUCCCCCUCGGGUCCCUCCGGGCCAGAACCCCCGCCGAGCACCGCCCGCCUCCACCGGCCUCUCUGCCGGCGGAGGACGACCCGGAGGUGGAGAGGAGGCGCGAAGAGGCCGAGCGCCUCCUGGAGGAGGCCGUGUCGUCGUGGAAGGAGGCGCAGGAGGUCCUGCGGGAGGUGAAGCAGCUGCAGAGCCAGACGCUGCGGCGCAGGAGGAGCUACGAGAAGACGGAGGACACGCCCCCCUCGCCAGAGACACCGUGACGAAGAGGACUGUCCCUCGUCUCCAUGACAACAGACAGGUUCUCCCUGCUGGUUGCUUCUGGAAAGAAAACUUCAGGUUUUUUGGAAGAUGAAAAGAAUAAAAUACAUUUUGACUUUUUGCUGUCAACAUGUCUAAAGAGCACGGCGGCUGAGGAGAUCCUUUGUUUGUUUGUUUACCUUCAUGUGUUUGUUGACGUCUGAUGAGUGGAUUGAGCUGUUAGAUUUAUAUUUGUCUCUUUUUUAGAUUUCACGUUUUCAAACAUCAGGAAGUUUCACGUUUGACCAGAUGAAGAAGAAACGACACCGACGUCUUCCUCUGCAGCGCAACCUGUUGUUGUUGUGAUCAUCUUGUGAACUGUUGGACACUCCGUCUGGUUGAAGGGGUUCAGAGUUAACAGCAGGAUUCAUCAGGUCACUGAGUGUGAGUGUGUGUGUGUGUGUCUGUGUAUGUGUGUGUGUGUGUGUUGACUCGGAGCCCUGCAGCAUCUGUUCAAAACCUCGUCUCCAUCUUUCCUCUUUCUAUUAUUUAUUAGGGUCCUCUACUACGACUUCGUCGUAGAGGAACCGAUUGUAUUUCUAAGAGUUAUUAUUUCUCUCCACGGAAACCUCGACUGGCCGCAUACCUCAGACCGCAACCAAGUGAAAUUUCACACGCAUAUCAGAACUCAUGAAAAAUUUAUGAUUUUUUAGUUUUUGUCUUUGUUUAUAAAAAACUGUCUCUCUAGCGCCCCCUUGAGGUAGAAAGCUAAUACUUUUUUUCAACAAUGACCGAUUGACUUGAAAUUUGGUAUACAGGUUCACCUGGACCUGCUCUACAAAUAACUUCCAGCUGACCAUCAAAGGCGCCCACUUAGAUUUUCCGCCAUUUUGAAUUUAGUAAGAAAAACAAUUUUUCACUUUUUUCCAAAACGCUUUGUCUGAUUCAUCCGAAAAUUUCUGGGGUCCAUUAUUGGUUCAAUGUCAUCAGAAGUACUGAAAAUCUUGUUGAUAUCUCAUUGCAUUCAGAGAAUAUAGACCAAUGAACAUUCAAGGGGUGUGGCCUAAUAUUUGAAGUCACACAACUUCUCCAUUAUUUGGCCUAUCUUCACCAAAUUGCUAGCCUGUCAAUAUCGCAUCCCUUAAACUACUUAAUUUUUUUCAUAAUAUUUGAACAUUAGGGGGCGCUGCAAUAAAUCCCUCAAUAUCUGCAUUUUUUGCCUUUCUUCAUGUUUUGGGCAGUUGUAAAACUGUUAACUCCUCCUAGAGCUUACACCCGAUUCAUUCUAAACUUGCCCAGUAUGAUCUUGAGACCUUUGCCGUGAAAAAUCUUUGAAAGAUUUCGGUGGGUCGAACAUCAAAAAACACCAUUCGCCAUAAAAAUCCAAGUUGAUGUAACUCGCCCAUACAUUAUGUAAUCUGCUCCAUAUUUCUCAUAUCAUGGCAUACUGAGCUAAGGCUUUCACAUUCAUAUGCUAAUUUUUAACUAUGGUCUUAGCACCACCUAAUGGCAACAGGAAGUUACAUGUUUUCUACUUUUAUACCCUUCUCACAGAUUAUUCAGAUCCCUCUCAAAAUAUACCAGAAUAGAUGUAAAACCUUGAUAAUGCUUCCCUGUGAAGGUCGUAAUGACACGUUGAAGGCGAGUCGUAGCAUCAGCAAACUUUGAUCCUUCGCCGUGAACAAAUAAACAAUGUAAUAUGCUCGAAACGUGACUAAACUUGGCACACACAUUUAGAGUCAAAUAUGUAGUUACCUGAAAUGAUUUGAAUGCUUGGGAUUGACAAUAUGGCUCGAUAGCGCACCCUAGAAUGAAUUUUCAUUCAAAAGCCCACGUUUUUUGCCUCCAAUGACUAAUUGACUCGUAAUUCAGCAUACAUGUCCGGUUGGACCUGCUCUACAAAAAAUAUUAUUAUGACCAUAAGCUACGGCAACUUAGAUUUUCCGCCAUUUUGAAUUUUGUGAAAAACACUUUUUGUUUAACUCCUCCUAAACGCUUGGUCCGAAUCAUACAAAACUUGUUUUGAUUUAUUAUGGGUUCAAUGCCAUCAGAAAUCUUUGAAAGAUUGUUGAUAUGUCAUUGUUUUCAGAAGAUAUGGACCAAUGAACAUCCAAGGGGUGUGGCCUAAUAAGUAAAGACACCUAACUUCCAAAUCACCUUGACUAUCUUCACCAAAUUGCUCGCCAAUACAAGGACACCCUUAACGUACCUUAAUUGUUUCAUAAUAUUUGAACAUUAGGGGGCGCUACAAUCAAUCCCUCAAAAUAUGUUUUUUUGGCCUUUUUUCAUGUUUUUAGGGGUUGUAAAACAGUUAACUCCUCCUAGAGCUUAAAGCCGAUUCAUUCCAAACUUGGCCAGUAUUGUCUUGAGACCUUUGUUUUGAAAAAUCUUUGAAAGAUGUAAAAAAUAUUAAAGUUUGUGCGUUCUCCGGACCGGCAAAGAAACGCCAUUCGCCAUGAA